AUGGGUUGGUUUGUGAGAGAAAAGAGGGGUGAGGGUGUGAGCUGGAAGGACCAAACCCUAGAUUCACUAUCUCUGCCUCCUUCGCCAUUGCUGCUCUUCUUCCUGCUCUUCCUAAUGUUCAUCUCCAUCGCAACUUAUUCCGAGCUCAAGGGGAGGAUGGAGAGGGGAAUCAUGGCCUUUAGGCUGCCUCUCCUGCUGCUGCUGCCGUUGAUCGCCGUCGCCGUUUUGAUGCUCGGCAGCUGCAGCAGGUGGCGCCGCCUAGAUGCCGCCGGAGGCCUGCCGCCGUUGGGGCUGGCGGCGGCGGUGGUGGUGCUGCUUGUGCUGGCUUAUCAUCAGUCGUCGUUUCAGUCGGGAUGGUUUAGAUCCAUUUAG